GGCAUCUUCGCCCACGGGCUGUCAAUAAUCUAUCAAUGUACUCAAAAAUUAGCCUUCAUAUACUCAAACGUAUCGAACGGUUCUCGAAGCAGGAAGGAUGAUGCUUGCGGUUUGGGACUCGAGCCCUUGAGCGGCAACCGACCUUCACAUGCGUACACUUGCAAAAUGUCGAUGGCCCAAGUGGACAUCUACUACUCAUGUACUCCGUGUAGAGCAAUCUCAGAAGCAGGAUAUAUAUCAAGAUACUGGGCCGCUUCUCUUUUUCUUUCUCCCAUUGAUUCUAAACCCCUUCGAUUCACCCAUAUUGAUGUGUAGUUGCUCAGUCGCUUUAAUACUUAGAUUGAGUCCAAUCGCCAUUGUACCUUCCUUUGAAGUCUUUAACGCCUUCCAUUCUUAAAUCAACAUCUCUCUUACCCUUAAUUCUCACGAUCCUUCCCUGAAUCACUAAUUCUAUAUAUCCUUUAACAAAUUAUUGUUUCCUUGUUUCACAUCUUCAACCACAUAAGUCGGGUACUUUUUGGUACUCAUAACUUGCAAUCAUGUCGGGCUUCAUCCCUUACCUAGGGGAGGUGUUUUCAAAUGUCAACUACCGUCGUCCUGAAUACAGAAAUUCAUACUCGGGUUCAGAAAAAUCUUCAAGAGGCUCCAGCAUGGAUCUAUCUCGGACGCCCUCAAAAAGUUCCAGUAAAUUCUCUCAGGGCAUUCCGGACGCUCUUACAUUUGACAAAAUUAUCAAUGGUGGAACAUGCCCUCCCAUGACCGUGAGAGAAUUUAUGAAUUAUCUCGAGUUCAUUGAGCAUGCUCCAGAAAAUCUUCAGUUCUUCCUCUGGUUUCGAGAUUACACAUCUCGUUUUGAGAAAUCGAAACCAUGCAAUCCCUUCUCCACUCCACCCGCAACAGCCUCUUCAGAACGUCAGGCUUCUAGUUCAUCUGAAUUUCAAAGUGAUUCAGCGGUUGGCUUUGAUGAUGCUGCUUAUGAUAAGCGACCAAUGACUACCCUUGCAGUCAAAACUACAAUAGAUUCUCCGCCACAGGUUACGGCUCCUUGGGAGACAGGUUUUGAUAAAGAAGCAAAAUCCUUAAUGGAAGUUCGACCAGCAGCACAAGACUCGUACAGUUCAAUUGCCCAGCAAACUUUCAGUCGUGCUGGUAUUCCAAUUCCAGAUAUUAAUCUGCCUUAUCGUGAUGAAAUUGAUCGAAUCAUCGCCAUAUAUAUCGCAGAUAAUGGCCCUCGCCAACUCAAUCUGUCCUCACGCCAAAGGACUACUCUUCUUGAGCGUCUCUCAACCACAACUCAUCCGACUGCCUUUCAACCCAUUGUUGAAACCGUCGAAUCUAGCUUGAGGCAUCAAGCACACCCCAAUUUCAUCCGUUGGAGUAUUUGCAAUGGCAAUAAACCACGUCAAAUGUUUGCUAAGGGUCUUGGUGUCGCUCUUAUCAUUUUCGGAUUCCUGUACGCAAUUCUUACAACCCUCAGUAAUAUGUCCCGAGGAUGGCGUGCAUUUUCGGCAUUGUUCUGGAUCCUGGGCAUCUCUACAUUAUAUGCAGCAUUCAGGGGAAUGUGUGUUGUAUUACAUGGUCUUCAUCAUCGCCAUCUUCGACCUUGGGAAUUAUGGGAGUCUGAGGACUCUGCCAUGUAUCUGGACGACACAUCUGGCAGCGGAAAGUAUGAAGAGUAUCCAUGGGUCAAGAAAUACGAAAAGAGAUUUGUCAUUAGAAAGAUCUUUGAUCGAGAGGUUUGGGUACAGGAGCCGGCAUUGAGACAGAUACAGGAUAUCAUUUUCCUGCAAUCUUUGCUUGUCGGUACCGGUGUAGCUGUCGUUUUGACGAUCAUCUUCUUGGCUGUUCCAAGAGGUGGUCUGUUCUGAGCGGGAUAAAGAGCAGAGGAAUGAUAUACAAUAAAGAAUAGCAGCAUACUGGGAUGAAUAUAUGAAACUGGAAUGGUGGGAUGACUAGGUGACCUUGGCAGCUAUAUGAAAUUUGCUGAAGAUACUGGUUUUGCUACCUUGUGUUUGGUCGAGAUAAGGAUCAGAGCUACUUGAUAAUUGUACUUUAAUAUACCUCUGCUAGCCACGAUGGAAUGAGGACUUUAAUCUCCAUGCAACCGUUUCUAAUAUUGUCCUAAAAUCCA